CGACCCGUCAAAACAAAACAACAAAAAACAAGCAGUCUCCUGUCGACAUCGGCUACCCAACCCAACAAAUUAAGGACCUCAUGGCGAUGCGUUCCGUGCUUUCAAAGGUGCCGCGCCUUGGUCUCCGUCCCAGCUGGGCGCCGACGGCCCACGCGCUCUCGCCGGCGGCGGCAGGUUCUCGGCUUAUUUCGACCAAUCUCCCCAGCACAGCGGCCGGGGGAGAACAAAUCGUUUAUUCCAAAGAAAACCUGGCUGAACAACUGGCGUCAAUAAAUCGCACAUACGCGGAGAACAAAAGGAGAUUUGAUGCUGAGUACAAGGAGAUCAUCCAAAUGAUUCGCGAACAGGAGGCUGCUAACAUUGAAGCUUUCAGGCAGAAUAAAGAACUUGACAAAAAGAUCUUGGAAAAAGUCAAUGAAAUAGAGAAGCAAACUAAUUUUGUUUGCGUUGGCUCCGCAAUACUGGUUAUUCUAACGAUGAUCGCCCUAUGAAGUAGGGUAGAGCCUCUCUUAGUAUGUGUAUGCUGCUGGUUUGAUCCCUAUGAACUAGUGUUAAUGAGUACUCUUUUGAUAUGUCUUUGCCGCUGGUUGUAUUAAGUCAGGGUUAUGUAUGCUGCUGGAUUUGAUGUGUCGCAAAGUGGAUAAUAGGGCUACUGUAGUUCUGAUGACUGGAUUUGGGGGAAUUAGUAUACAAGUAGCAAUGGCACUUUCACUUU